CCUCCGAUCUCCCCCCCCCCUCCUCUCUCUCUCUCUCUCUCCCUCCCCUUCUCGUCCUCCAGAGCGACGCCGUGCUCUUUUGUUCUCCAUUUCCAUAGAUGGAUUUCUUCUUCUUAUUCCUUGAAUCCAUGCGGCGGAAAGCUUCGUUCUGAGAGCGGAAGAGAUAAGAGAGAAGCAGAGGAUUCUGGUUCUUUUGGAGGACACCAUUGAUCCAUGUGAGACGUCUGGGAGGGUCGUGAGAUUUGUGCAAAGAACCGCUUGUUGAUUCAGUUGCGCAUUGGAAAUGAUGAGGAGACAGCUGAGGAGGAAAAGAAGGCGGAGGCGAUGGAGGCGAAGAGCGUUUCUCCGGCUGGAGAUUGUGCCUUUUCUGCCGGCGGAUACCAGAGAGUAAGCCCGGAUGUCCUUCCCCUCGGCAAUGGAAGGAAGCCCAUCCUGAGGACAAGCAAUGAAGACGACGCCGACCACAGUAGCAGAAACGCGAACCACUCUCCUUCCGAAGGCAAAUCCACAAGAGCGAGAUCGGUGUCGGUUUCGGCCGGCCCAUCCCCGUCCCGAGACCACCAGUUCCCUCGCAUCCCCGCCCCCUCCGAUUCUCCUACCUCCGCGGCGGCUACACACUCCGAGAGGCAACCACCCCCUUCCGCCUCCCCCAAAUCUCAGAGUCGGCAGCACCAUGACGCCGUCAACGGUGUGGGCAGCGACGUCAUCCUGCAGUGGGGACACAACAAGAGGUCCCGCCGGCCGAGAGCGUCAGGCGACGAGACUUCCGCCCACUUGAGGCAGUUGCUCAAGAUCCCGCGCAGAUCGCCUGCGUCGUCGUCGGCGGCGAUGCCCCCUCCGCCCUGUGGCGGAUCGUGCCCCAGGGCAGGCCAUCUGAGGACGUCUGUCCCCGUCCGCGACGCCAAGAAAGGCGUCGAAGACCAAUCGGGCGGCCCAGCUCGAUCCGAAAAGCGAUCGCCACCUGCCCCGCCGGAUAAAGCUCCGAGGGCCGCCGCCGACGCCCCGGUGAAUCCGUCUGGGCCGAAGCAGCCGCCGGCGGAUCAGGAAUCGGCUCCCGUCGCGAUCGCGGAGAAGCUGAGCCUGGAUCGGCUAGAGUGGCCUAAGAUUUACCUUUCCCUCUCGCGCAAGGAGAAGGAGGACGACUUCCUCGCCAUGAAGGGCACCAAGCUCCCCCAGCGGCCCAAGAAGAGGGCCAAGAACAUCGACAGGACCCUCCAGUAUUGUUUUCCAGGAAUGUGGCUGUCAGAUUUGACGAGAGGACGGUAUGAGGUGAGGGAGAAGAAAUGCGCGAAGAAGACAUCAUACGGCAUGCAUGAUCGAAAUCAAUUCCACUACUUGCCCUCGAGAGAAGGGGUAGGGCUUUUCUUCUGCGUCACGUGGGCACCUGACAUCAAGCGUGAGGCGGAGGGGGUUGAAGGGGAUGGAGAGCGUGGACAGCGACUCUGAGUGAUGGCGGCCGAAUUCAGAUGUGAAUGGGGGUUCUUCGUUUUGUUCCCUAGGUUUCGUUUUCCACAUUUAUACCCUAGUUUUUGGGCUUCGGGCGGAAGGGACCCCCGAGUUCUUGUACAGAUCUCCAGCUUCCAUCAAUGGAGAAAGGUUCUUCGUUGAAACA